AUGGAGAGUAACAGUACAACCAACGAGCAGGAGAUGCCAUUAGCAUUGGAUCAACAACAUACAUCCAGUCAUGUUUCAACAGACACUGUUAGUGAUACUAAGGAUGAUAUGAGAAAGUUGCGCACAUACCUUUUAUUACUUGGCAUCCUAGCAGCCACCAUUACAUACCAAGCUGGGUUGAAUCCACCUGGUGGGUUUUGGUUAGACAAUGAGGAUGGACAUCGUGCUGGAAACCCUAUCCUGGAGGCCAUCAGUCCAAAGCGGUACAACACAUUCUUCUAUUGUAAUUCCACCGCAUUUGUGUCUUCUUUGGUCAUCAUCACCCUACUCCAGAGCAACUUGAUCACUGUUGGUGCCUUGAAACGAUAUGUACUGCAGACAGCCAUGAUUUUCGAUCUCUUUGGUAUAAUGGGAGCAUAUGCUGCUGGCAGCAGCCGGACUUUCUCCACAUCUUUGUAUGUGAUAAUCUUGGUCUUUCUUGUGUUCUCUUAUGUUAUGGUUCACGUCCUGCUCUUUGUGUGCACAAGAAGCUCUGAUGAUGGACCAGCUAAGGAAAUAGAUGAUAACCCUGAACUGAAAGAUUUGGAGAAGCGGCGCAAGUUUCUUGUGUUGCUUGCUGUUCUGGCAGCAUCGAGCACAUAUCAGGCAGGCAUAAACCCACCAGGUGGUUUCUGGCCCGACAACAACGAUGAGCACCGAGCAGGUUAUCCAAUGUUCCAUGAUGAGUUCCCACGCCGUUACAUGGCAUUCUUCUACCUAAACUCCACCGCUUUUAUGUCAUCCUUGGCUGUGAUCAUGUUGCUUGUUAGCAAAAGGUUAUGCCAGAGUGGAAUCAAUGGCUACUUACUGCGUGGAUGCAUGCUACUUGAUCUGGUCAGUCUCAUGGGUGCUUUUGCGGCCGGAAGCUGCAGGAAAGUAUCAACAUCAGUGUAUGCCAUCCUAGUUGUUGCUCUUGUUUUUGCCUAUAUCAUGGCUCAAGUUCUGGUGCUAACCUUUGCAAAAGAUAAGAUGAGUUAUUUCUUUGAGUGGGUGCUCCGUGCCACUCCUUUCAAGAGUCCACAUCCAUCCCAGAAUGGCAAGCGAAGCAUCAUGGUCAACCGAAAGUCUGAGUAUAAAUGGCGAAAAGAUCUGAUUCUGAUUGGAACCCUCGCAGUGAGCGUUACAUACCAAGCUGGGCUGCUCCCGCCAGGAGGGCUGUGGCCUGAUGAUCGGGACGGCCAUUUCACCGGCGACCCAAUCCUCCACGAUACUAAUCCACCACGGUACAAGGCAUUCUUCUACUGCAACGCCACUGCAUUCAUGGCAUCGGUGGUCAUAGUCAUCCUGCUGCUCAAUAGCACAAUAAGCAAGUACAAGAGGUCUCUACUUCCCAUGAAAACAGCAAUGGUGCUGGACCUGCUUGCUCUGCUUGGGGCUUAUGCUGCAGGCAGCUGCAGGAAACUGAAGACUUCUAUAUACGUUUUCGCUCUCGUCAUUGCUGUUUUUAUGUACAUCGUCAUUCACAUCCUGCUGUCCUUCGAUAAAAUGGCACGGCUGGUGAAGAAGACUGGAGAACAGUGGAUUCCAUGUCUGAAGAAGAUGUGGGCACUCAUUGAAACUGAACCUCCAAACCAUCAGCUAUCUUCAGAGGAACCAUGA